AUGGGCCAUUACACAGAAAACGAUUUUUACCUGAACAAGUCAGCAUCUCCCAUGGGGGAUGCAGACAAUAAUGAAAAUGAUAAAAAAUGUUUAUGGGUCCCUGAUGAGGAGGUAACUAACUGCUACAGCUGCAAUGCCCUCUUUAACGUGAGGGUAAGAAAACAUCAUUGCAGAGCAUGCGGAAAUGUAUUUUGCUCCAACUGUUCAGACAAUAAGAUAAAAAUUAGUGAAUACAGCUAUGCAGAGAAAGUUCGAGUAUGUGACAGGUGUUUUGUGGAAAGGUCGUCUCCCCAAACGUUGUUGUUGCAAGAAGAUUUAGGAGCAAGGAAACAAAUAAAUCAAGAUUUGAAGAAAGCGCUAAGUGAGAAAAUGGCCAUCGUGGAGAGAUUUAAAACAUUCCUGCUAGAAUUUGACAGCGAAAUUUUAAACAAUAGUGACCAUGCAGAAGGCUCCAAUGAUGUCAUGUCCUUGUUGAAUAGGGGAGAAAAAGGAUUGAAAGACUUGAAUGACAAAAUAAGGAACUAUGAUUCCAUUAUUGAAAAUCAGAAAAGGGAGUUAGAAGAGCUAAAAAGGGAAAAGGAACAAAAAACAGAACUUAACAAAAUUUUGCACCUAAGAAAUUAUGAGAUUCAACAAAAAAAUAUGAACAUAAAAAAUCUUGUUAAGGAAAAAAAUGAACUGACUUUAGUGAAGGAAGAAUCCGAAGGUAUUAUCCAUUCUUAUAAGAAACAGGUGGAGAAACUAAUUAUAAGGUGUAACCAACUUGAAUUAGAGAAGAAGAAAAACUAUACCGAUCAAUCAAGUAAUUAUUCCUUUACCAACAGCAGUUCUCAGUCCUACAGGAUGAAUUCUUAUAGGUUUCCUCAGAACGAGAUGAGCGUAUCCUACACGAUUGCCCAUGGACCCUCGGAUGACCCGGAGGACGAAAACUGCUGCAACUACUGCCAGAGGAGGGGGUGCUCGAUUAUGUGA